UCGGAUACCACGUCGCUGUCGUUACAUACAUUACUAGUUGCUAUAGUAAAUAUUAAAUAUCCAAUAUUAUAAAAUAUCAUAACAAAAAUUAACAUUAUUUUCAAAUAAUUCCAUUACAUCCAAUAAUUUUCAUUGCGAAUGGUCUACGCAUUUUCGAGCAAUAUAUUGUCUACGUUUCGUAGGCGGUCUACGAGGCGGUCACGAUUUCGUAGCACAACAUUGUAACAAUAAACAGAAACCGCAACGGCAUGUAUACGAAACGGAAAGCGAAUCAAUUAUGUGAACAAAGGGAACUUUCGCAUGCAUUAGAGGCAGUCGCGUGACCGCAUGCGUUAGCAUUUAACUCGAGUGCUCUGUAAUAUGCCGGCACUCUGGCAGUCAUCCCAAGGGCCUAUGUACGUGAAGACGGUGUGGGUGGACGGGUUCCGACAUGCCAUAUUGUCACAUGACGAUCCCUUUUUAAUAAAGUUGAACGCUAAAAAGCGACGUCCACAUUCUUCUGCCAGUACAACGAACUCAAAGUUUACGCCGAGACACAGGAAUUCUAGACUGAGCAGUCACGAAGAUAGUUUAGAAGGUUGCUUGAGGAAAUUAGACUUUGUGAUCAGAAGUGAUAAGUCUAAUAUAGCAAUUCGACCGCGGAAUAAGAAAGUGUACGACCUCGACAUAGAACACUUAAAUUUGACUGAUGUGGAGCCGGAGUCUGAAGACGAAUUUAUAUUAAAGGCGACUCCGCAACCGCUGAACGAAUUCGACAGCUGCAGAUCGAACUACAGCUUUAACCUGAACAUGAGGAACUUAAGGUUAAACAGGACGGCAAGGACGGAGGUUAAAGAGAAUACAGAGCUAUCCGAUAGAGUGUUUCAAUGGCUCGACUUGGCAGGUAAGGUGAAUUUGCUUGGAUCUGAAGACGCAGAACGGAUAGCCCAGCCGAGACAUAGCUGGCCCGAGAUCCAAAAGAGGAAUUAUAGUCUGAUGAAAUCUAAAACUGCUAUAGACGUUAGAGGCAAGGAGGCAAUCAAAGUUGCUUUGCCGAAAUCGUGCGAUAGUGAGAAAUCGCAAAAUGGUAUUAUUGAUCGGCACGAUUUUUAUGUGCCGACGUCGGCGAACACGAUCGAGAACUACGCGCGGCAGUCACGGAACGUGAAGAGCACGUCACGAAACGAGAGCAACAUGAAAAUAAAAGACAACAGUAACAAAACAAAGGCCAGAGAGCUGAGAAACAACAUGAUUGAGACACGGCAAAAAAUUGCCACGGAGCGUAGCGCGAUCGAAAAACAGUACGCGGAUUUAGUUAGCAAGAAGUUGAUACCGGACGUUAAUAAGAACACUAAAAGGCAAGUGCAUAUAUUCAUACCAGAGAUACAGAAAAAGAACAAUUCAACAACAACGAGCAGAACUGAAAGUCUUUUGUCACAAAAAUCAUCACUUUUCAAAUAA